AUGCAGUGGCGCCUCCUCGUCCCCGGUCUGGCGCUGCUCCUCCUGCCGGCAGUGGCCAAGGAGCUCUCUGACGAUGGCCACGACCAGCCGCAGGCGCAGCAGCCGGAUGACGUGGCUAACUAUGAUGAUUACGACCCUUUGGGGGAAGAUGAUAACGCUCUCUUGGCUGAAACUGAUUUUAGAGCAUCCAAUAUACCGCCAAAUCCUCGGAGACCUUCGCAGUUUGCGACAGAGCGAGCGCCGGCGCCUGCUCCAAGAUGUGUAGACCUGGGCCGCUACUGGCCGGAGGGCGCGCGGUGGCAGCGCGACAACUGCACCCUAUGCCAGUGCUUCUCUGCCCGCAUCAACUGCUCCGUGCUGCCGGCUUGCCUUACUGCUUCCACAACAAGACGUCCCACCUCCUACGGCGCGGGAGCAGCCCAGCUGCCCCCGGUGCGGGGCGCGGUGGGCGCGGCGGGGGAGGCGGGGCAGGCGGGGCCGCCGGGCGCUCCCGGGGCCAGCGGGGUGCCCGGCGCGCCAGGACUGCCCGGGAGUGCUGGACCUAUGCCUGAUGUAAAUGCCUAUUUGUCACAACUGGCUGCCAGCUCCAGUGGAGACAAAGGUCCAGCAUUCGACCCCUACCAGUACAUGCAAGCUUCAGUCGGUGCCCCCGGAAUUAGAGGAAUACCAGGACCUCAAGGGCCGCCUGGUCCGCAAGGGUUCCAAGGUCCGCGCGGGGAGCCGGGCGAGCCGGGGCUGCCGGGACCGCAGGGGCCGCAGGGGGAGAGGGGACCCGCAGGGGUGCCGGGGAAAGAUGGUUCUCCUGGUGAAGACGGAGAGACGGGCCCUCAAGGAGUCAUAGGUCAACCAGGCCCUCGAGGCACCCCGGGAGUACCAGGCAUACAGGGGCUGAAGGGUCAUCGUGGAUUUGACGGGAAAGACGGAGCUAAAGGUGACCAAGGGCCCCAGGGAGAGAAAGGACCCACCGGAUUACCUGGCCAAAUGGGACCGACUGGACCUGUUGGUCCAGUAGGGCCUAGGGGUGAGAGGGGACGGGAAGGGCCAUCGGGUCCGCCAGGAAUUCGAGGUGUUGAUGGAGCUUCCGGACCACCAGGACCUAUGGGUAACGUUGGUAAACCCGGACCUCCCGGUUUUCCCGGCUCCCCUGGAAUCAAAGGAGAACUAGGCAGUGUUGGGCCGAAGGGCAGUCAAGGGUUACAAGGUCCCCGAGGAGAGUCAGGUCGCCCCGGACAGCCCGGUGAAGCUGGAGCCCCAGGUCUUGCUGGAAGGGAUGGGGUUCCCGGGGAAAAGGGAGUUUCAGGACAAGCUGGACCUCCGGGCCCCCAAGGGUUUCCCGGUCCUAGAGGAAUUCAAGGAUUAGCUGGAGACCCAGGUAUACCUGGUGCUAAAGGAAUGCCUGGUCAACCAGGAGAGAGAGGUCUUAAGGGUGAUUCGGGAAUAAGAGGUGAAAGUGGUUCUCCUGGGCCUCGAGGUUUACCAGGCUCAGUUGGACCUGAAGGGAAACGAGGCAAACGAGGUUUGAGAGGUCCUGCUGGUAGUGUCGGCCCUCAAGGUGAAAGAGGCCUUCAAGGCAUGAGAGGCAUACCUGGAUCAGAUGGACCAAUGGGUUUGAAGGGACAACCUGGAGACCGAGGAUCAGUUGGACUUCCGGGACCAAAAGGGAGUACUGGCGAUGCGGGAAGACCAGGUCCGCAAGGGUUACUUGGACCAAGAGGUUUAGUUGGGAAACCGGGUAUUGCGGGGAAGACUGGGCCUGCUGGAGAAAGAGGCAUCCCUGGGGCUGAUGGCAGACCGGGAGAACAAGGUCAGCAGGGAAUACAAGGGCCGCCUGGUCCUAUGGGAUUGACUGGAGAACGGGGUCUGCAGGGAGAAUCGGGUAAAGACGGCGAACCAGGGCAAGCUGGGCCGAGGGGACCUAAGGGUGAUGCGGGGAGGGACGGUAGCCCCGGGCAGCAGGGGCCGCAGGGCGCGCCCGGCUCCACGGGAGAACGAGGACCUACCGGCCCUACUGGGCUUACUGGAUAUCCGGGUUUACCCGGCUCAGCAGGUCAACCAGGGUCUCCGGGCAAGGAGGGUGAGCCGGGUGCAGCCGGACCAGCUGGACCUCCGGGAGCAUCCGGGCCUAGGGGAGAAAGGGGAUUCCCUGGUGAAAGAGGUCUGCCGGGACUGGUGGGGACGACAGGGGAGAAGGGAGAAGCUGGUGCGCAGGGUCAGGACGGACCACCGGGCCCAGCCGGUCCUCAAGGAACGAAAGGUCACCCAGGUGCGCCGGGGGCCAUGGGCUUGCCGGGACCUCGGGGCCUGACGGGCAUGGCGGGAGACAAGGGAGACAGGGGUGGCCAAGGACCUCAGGGCAAUGAUGGACCUCCAGGUCGCCAAGGUGAACAAGGACCUCAAGGACCAAUCGGACCAUCUGGACCACCGGGCGAGCCGGCAGAACGAGGCGAGCCGGGUGUGGCCGGGGUCCCUGGAGAAUCUGGGGCACCUGGCGCUCCCGGGGAGAGGGGGACCCCUGGUGCACAAGGCUCCCCAGGGUUCCCUGGACCUCCGGGGUUGACUGGCAUGCCGGGGCUGAAGGGGGAGAGAGGAUAUGCUGGCGCGAAAGGAGAGCAAGGAUCGGCUGGUGUUCCCGGCAAGCAAGGAGAGCCGGGUCAGCGCGGGCUGCGCGGAGAGGCCGGUGCGAAGGGAGCUCGCGGGGACGCCGGACACAAGGGAGACGCGGGUCACGCAGGAUUACCGGGACGACCAGGGGACUUGGGACCACCGGGUCCCCAAGGAAGUUCUGGCCCAGCUGGUACCCCGGGAAUUCCUGGUGCUAAGGGAGCUACUGGAGACUCAGGACGUCCAGGACCUCCCGGCCCUAUAGGCUUAACUGGCCCUCAGGGUCCAGAUGGUCCUAAAGGUGAAAGGGGAAGCGAGGGAGAACAGGGCGCUCAAGGGCCCAGUGGACCAGCGGGCCCGCCCGGGGAAAGAGGCCCGAGUGGAAUGCCGGGACAAAUGGGACCGCCUGGACAGCAAGGGCUCAGAGGGCCUCAGGGUGACAGUGGCGCACCAGGGAAGCCUGGAGCAGAUGGUUCACCCGGUCCGGUUGGAACACCAGGGCAGCAAGGACCACCCGGACCAAUGGGUGAGCCGGGGCCGGAGGGACGGUCCGGGAAGCAGGGCCCAGCAGGUCUGUCGGGCAGGCCGGGAGACAAGGGGCCUAUUGGGGCGCCGGGGCAGUCUGGACCUCCCGGACCACCAGGGUUGCAGGGUCAACCGGGUACAGCUGGGCCCCCAGGCCAGGCCGGCGAGCGCGGGCCCCGCGGUGAGACCGGGCCAGCGGGUGUGGAUGGACCGGCCGGGCCAGCCGGUAAACCCGGGGCUCCCGGGGUCGACGGGGCUAAAGGAGACCGGGGAGAAAUGGGACCGGAAGGACAUAAGGGACACGCUGGGUUCCCCGGUCUACCGGGUAUGGUUGGAGCCCCGGGCAGGCCUGGCGAGAGAGGCUUGCCCGGGCCGAGCGGGCCGCCUGGGAAGGACGGUGACACUGGAGCUAGAGGUGUACCAGGCCGCGACGGCAGCCCGGGUCCUCAAGGUCCACCUGGCCCUCAGGGCGGGCGCGGUCCACCCGGUGACGCGGGCCGCCACGGACCCCCCGGUCCAUCCGGGCCGCCCGGGCCGCCUGGGCCCCCGGGCGAAGGACUUGCGUACGAUGCCGCUGCCAUCGCUGCUAUGCUACAACAAGGUUCCAUCAAAGGUCCUGACCCAAUGGGCGAUGAUCCCAACUCGAUGCCAGCGCGAUUCUUCAAGGACGAUAUGACAGCUUCGGAAAGAAAGGAAAUCGUGAUGAAGGCUUAUGAAAAACUGAAGGUAUCGCUGAGCAAAUUCCUGAAACCGGAUGGCACAAAGGAAGCCCCGGCAAAAACAUGCGGCGACAUGAAACAUCAUCACCCAACCUUUGAGAGCGGACAAUACUGGAUCGACCCUAACGGAGGCGACACAGCAGACUCGAUCCUGGUGCACUGCGACAUGGAGACAGGCGCCAGCUGCGUGUACCCCAAGCCGAUGACGUCACAGGACAUCUCGUACAGCGGCAAGGAGAAGGAAAUCUGGCUGAGUGAAGUUGAGGAAGGAUUUACGAUCAAUUACAAAGCGGACCAAAACCAGCUGACAUUCCUGCAGCUGCUGUCGACGCGGGCCAGCCAGAACGUCACGUUCCAUUGCUGGAAUACCGUGGGCUACUUCGACCCUCAGACCAACAACCACCGCCAUGGAAUCAAACUACUCGCCUUCAACGACGCAGAGAUCCUGCCGAAAGCCAAUAAUAAGCUGAGGUAUAAGGCGCUUCUGGAUGAGUGUCAGUUCAAGAAGCAGGAGUGGGCGCGGACGGUGGUGCAGUACGACACUGACAAGUCGAACCGCCUGCCGCUGACAGACGUGGCCGUCAGGGACCUGGGCCGCCAGCGCCAGCAGUUCCGAGUGGAAGUGGGCCUCGCCUGCUUCAGCUAACUCAAAGGAUAUUGAUGUACCUUGCGCUGUAAGGGACGGAUGGUGAGAGGGGCGUAAAUCGGCUACGAAAAUAGUGCUCUCCACUUGAUUGCAUACUAUCUAUUCCAAGGCGCAAAGUAUACGUACUUUCGACUUCAUUGUAUUAGUUUGUCACCUUGUCAAACUCAACAAACUUACUUUGAAUCAGUUUGCGAUUUUGACAAUGUUAUGAUUAAGUAGUUAGCUAACUGUAACAAACUUAAAAUUACAGACAGGAGUAUCAUAAAUGAUUGGCGGAACGUGGUCGAUCGGACGAAAACGUUCGGCCAAUCAUACGACGAAAUCCUUCAUAAUAAGCCCCAGUAUAAACAAAUAUAUUUCAGCGGGGCUGUAUCUCCAUUGCGAUUGAAUGAUUAUUGGGCAUAUUAAAUGGGUAGU